GUUGUGUAAUCAGAUCCUCAGCCUGUGCACCGUUGCCUCGUAUGGACUAUGGAAGCUCUUUUGAUCACUCUUCAUUUUUGGAAAUAAUUAUUCUUCAGGAUCUCUAUGAAUCCGGAUGUCUUUUUAUCUGAUCUCUUCCCAAUGUGAGAACUGUGGGGGUAUUCAGUGAAACCAUGCGUCAACUUCUAUAUGUGUAUGUAAUCCUAUGCUCUCUCAGAUUGGCUCAUCCCUUCUGUCCAUCCCAGUGCACCUGUGUCUUCCAUGGACGUACCGACGGAGCAGGAACAAGAUCUGUGGUUUGCAAUGAUCCAGACAUGUCUGACAUCCCCGUCAAUGUCCCUGUGGACACGGUCAAACUUCGAAUUGAGAAAACCAUGGUACGGCGAAUCCCAACAGAAGCGUUUUACUACCUGGCGGAGCUACGGUACCUGUGGAUUACAUAUAAUUCCAUCACCUCAGUGGACUCUGCAGGUUUCUACAACCUCAAAAUGCUCCACGAACUGAGGCUGGAUGGAAACAUGAUCUCCGUAUUCCCUUGGGAGUCUCUGAAAGAGACGCCGAUGCUGAGGACACUGGAUCUACACAACAACAGGAUCACUAAUGUACCCAAUGAAGCAAUACCCUAUCUCUACAACAUUACAUACUUGGAUCUAUCCAGCAAUAAAUUAGCCACCCUGCCCUCUGAUCUAAUGGAUAUCUGGCCCCCCUUCAACGGAGCACCCAUCUUUGCUAACGCCUCCCAGAAAGUUGUGUUAGGGCUCCAAGAUAACCCCUGGUUCUGUGACUGUAAAAUUUCCAAGCUGAUUGAGCUUUCAAAAAUGUCUGGCAUGCCAGUUGUUUUGAUGGACCUGUUCAUGGCCUGCAGUGCACCAGAGAAUCUGGCUGGUGUCCCUUUUCAGCGGGCUGAACUUGACAAUUGUGUAAAACCAUCCGUCAUGUCUUCAGCAACCAAGAUCACAUCUUCUUUGGGAAGCAAUGUUAUCCUGCGAUGUGAUGCCACAGGGUUUCCAACUCCAAGUCUUUCCUGGGUUAAGUCUGAUGGCACCCUCGUCGACAACACAGUCCAGGAGUCACCUGGAGACGGCAGCAGAUGGUCCAUCAUGAGUUUGCACGGAGUUUCAUUCAAAGACGCGGGAAACUACAAUUGCAAAGCUAAGAAUUAUGCUGGCAAUGCAGAAGCCACCAUAUCUGUCUCAGUCGCUGGUGCCAUCAGUACCACCAUCGUUCCACUGAGGCUUAGCACUGAAACUGAACCAACUGAACAAGGCACGACAGUUAUUCCCCCAACAGACACUCCCAACCCACCCACUAUCAUAACAACAGUUCUCCCAAGAACGUCAACAACUUCUGCUGUACCAAAGAGGCCAAAAACUACCACAAGCAGCAAUCUACAAAAAGGGCCGCUGAAACAAGCAAAGCCCCAGCCAGGAGGUAAUGGGAGAGAGCUUGCAGCAGAUGAAAAGAGCAAGAUAAUCGACAAAUCAAAGUCUGUCAAAGACCUCAAGGUUGUAGAGGAAACAACUGACACUGCAGUGUUGCUCUGGAGAGCAGAUGGGUUACCAAAUGAUGCCCCACUUACAGUGGUAUACUCACCCUAUGAUGAGGAUGACAUGAAAAGUACGGUGGAGACUAAGGCUGGCAGUGGAAAAGUGCUCCUAGAGGGACUAUCAUCUGGGACAAGGUACUCCGUUUGCCUCAUAUUAAAGGGUAGCGCGGCAGGAAAAGAUCCUUGCACUGAAUUCUACACAUUGGACAACGUAGAGGAUGGUGAGAACAACAAGCUUUUCAUUUUGAUUAGCGGCAUCGCCUGUAUUUUGGUUUUGUCUCUUAUUGCUCUGUUAGUGUACAAGAUUAUCGAUUUGUACUUUAAGGGACACAACACAGAAUUUGAUGAAGAGGAGCUUGAAAAAGACAGCUAUGUCAAGUUUGAGACAAUUUCAAUGAAACAAAGGAAUUUAAACUCUCAACCAACGCAACUUUGGGCAAGAAGACCAACUGAAGAAUCAGAGCGAAUGCUCCUCUGCUCCAGGUCGAGCCUUGACUCUCAAAUGACCUCCAAGAGUGACAGUUCCCGGUGUGAGUAUCUUUGCUGACGCCAGGAAUCCAUGGCAGUUCUUGAAACGCCAUGCUAGUAACACCUUAUAUAAAAUUCUCUUUAUAUGCCUUAUUCAAUAAAGAUCAAGGUUAUGAUAUCAAAUUAUUAUUAGGUAACAUGUAAACAAUCCUGUUAGUGUGUUUCGGUUUUUCAAAAUAAAUCAGUGUAGAGCCCUGUCAGAACAGUCGAUAACCACCGGCUAUUCUUAUUCUUGUCCUUAUUUAAAAUGGGGCCUUAUAUUUGAUUUUUGAAGACAUUUGAAUGCUUUGUCACUACAGCACGGCACCUUUGUUGGACUUAUAAUAUAUAAAUAGUACCAUACAAAGAGCCUGUCCGUUAGCUGUGUGUGGGAUUUUAUGUGACACCCAAUGCCAAAGUGUCAGACGUGAAUAUUAUGUGGUGGUGUUAAAGAAUAUCCAUUAUCCACUUCCCCUCACAUUGACAAUAUUAUUAUUAUUAAUUUAAGCAUCAAGCUAAUUGUUGCCUUAAUGGACAAGAACGUAUGGUCAUUGUGUUUAUUAGAACAUGUGUCUCAUCUGAUAAACAUUGCCAGUUUGACUUGAUGUAUAUAUGUGUCUAUUAAUGGAGAUUUACAU